GCCAACAUCGCAAGCUUCACCCCCUCCACCACCCACCCGAACCUGACCUACAGCGUCACCGUCCCAGACACGACCACCCAGCACAACGCGGGACCGAUCUACCUGCAGAUCCGGGCGCCGCGCACGCUGCAAUGGGUGGCGCUGGGCCAGGGCAGCCGCAUGGCGGGGGCCAACAUCUUGGUCGUCUACACCGACGCCUCGGGCACGAACCUGACCCUGUCCCCACGGUUAGGGCGCGGACACAUCGAGCCACAGUACACCGAUCUCGCCCACGCCACCCUCCUCCCCAGCAGCAGCGUCACCGACGACACCAUCGAAGCCAACAUCCAGUGCACGAACUGUCUGGCCAGCUGGGCCGCCCCCUCCGACACCAGCUACGCCCCGGCCUCCACGGCCGCCCCCUUUAUCUGGGCCUACCACACCGGCCGCGCCCUCAACUCCUCGUCCGUGCAAGAGACCCUCACCAUCCACAGCGACAUGGGCAGCACGACCCUCGACCUCAGCCACGCCCAGUUCUCGGCCGCGGAAAACAACAGCACCGACCUCAACCCCUUCGCCCUCACCUCGACCCAACCCCCCACCCCGCAAACAGGAAACGACACCCACCCGCAAACAAAGACCCGAGCCAUCCUCAUCGUCCACGGCACCCUCAUGGCCACCGCCUUCCUCCUCGGCUUCCCCCUCUUCGCCCUCCCCAUCCCCCUCGGCGUCCAAUACAACAUCGCAACCCGCCACGCCCCGCUCCAACUCUUCACCCUCGCUCUGGUUAUCACCGGCCUGGGGACGGGGGUCUACCUAGCCACGACAGUCUCCACCCUCAAGCACGCGCACCCCGUCAUCGGACUCAUCCUCGUCGGCGUGCUGGUCCUCUUCCAGCCGGUGGCAGGCUACCUCCAGCAUCGGCAUUGGAAGCGCGAGGCUGCAAAGAGUGUGUUCGGGUAUGUGCAUCGCUGGGUGGGGCGGGGGGCCAUUAUCCUGGGGAUGGUGAAUGGGGGAUUGGGGUUUGGGCUGGCGGGACGGGGCAUGGGGGGUGUCGGGAGCAGGAAUGUGCCGGUUGCGGCGGUGGUGGUGUAUUCGGUGGUGGCGGGGGUGGUUUUUGUGGGGUAUGUGGUUGGGGUGGUUUGGGGGAAGACGAAGGUGUUUGGUCGGCGGGGUCAAGGUAAGGGGGAGGGAGGGGAGAGGGGGAUGAAGGGCGAGGGGGAGAACGGGCAUCGGGAGAAGAUUUAG